AUGGAAGCCAAUGAAGCUAGUCCAGAGGCAUCUCUACGCAAAGCGCGCAUUUCCUUUCAGACUGCUACUACUAUUUGUAAAGCGGCAUUGCGAGAAGCUGAGUACUCAGAGGAGCAAGCGACGGUCAUCACAGACCAUUUGAUUGAUGCCGAGCUCCGGGGACAUCCUUUCGCGGGAUUGGCGAGGGCACUGAGCAUUGUCGAGCAUCUUCAGGCGUCCGGAAAAGCCAUCGACCGCGAGAUUCGAAUUACCCGCUCUGGCCCUGCGUUUGCCCACGUUGAUGGCGGCGACAAUGUCGGAUAUCUGGUUGCUCGGCGGGCCACGAGGCUAGCUAUCGAGAAGGCAAAGGAGAUUGGUAUUUCCCUUGUUGGGGCAAACGGGUUAUGGUACACCGGGAAUCUGGCAUAUUAUGCUGAAAUGGCAGCCAAAGAGGGGCUGGCGACAAUAACUGUAUCAAACGGUUCCCGCAUCGUCGCACCUCACGGUGGCUGUGAGCCGAAGUUCUGCACCAAUCCCAUUUGUAUCGGAUUUCCCACUGGCCAGAAGGACAAGCCUGUGAUCUGGGAUAUUGGGACCAGCAAGAUUAUGUUUGCGCAGGUGAUGCUCGCCCAGCGACUUGGCAUCGGUCUUCCAGAGGGCACUGCCUUCGACAAUUCAGGUCAACCAACCACGGAUCCACUUGAUGUGCUUGAAGGGGCGAUGGCUGCGUGGGGAGGCUACAAAGGAAGCGGCCUCGCGAUGAUGGUUCAGCUCCUGGGCAUCGCCGCUGGAAGCGAUGAGCCUGUACCUUUCAUGUCGAACUUUGGUUUCCUGAUCAUCGCAUUCGACCCCAGCGUUCUACAGCCCCGUCAGCAAGUCGAGUCCAAUACAGAAAAAUUUGUGGCCUCGAUCAAGUCAACAAAGAUGCUACCCGGUGAGCCGCCGGCGAGGCUGCCAUUCGAACGUAGUAUCGAGUGUCGAAAGGAGGCUAUCUCUAGAGGCUGGAUUGAAGUCGACGAGAGAGUAGUGCAGCAGCUGCGCAAGCUGAGCCGCGAUUGCAGCUCUUCAGAGCGCUCAUCAGGCCGCCGCACAAAGACACUAAGUGCCCGGGCGCGCAACGAUGUCGCAGUAUCUCGACGCGGCGUGCCACCCACCCUGCGUCCGUUGAUCUCGCAGCAAGCAUCUGAUCAUCAAGAGGAUGAAAGACCAAGAGAUGUCCCAGCGUCCAUGCCGCUCCUGGCAGAUAAUCCAGCUGUCGAGAAUGCUACUUUCCAGUCUGCAUUCACACAGCAGGAGCAAGCUGCGCAAACUAAUGUCGACGGCAUGGUGGACAUGCAUGAUCCGCCAACAACCUCGUCCGGUGCCGCGUAUCUUGGUGGGACCGGCAUCAUGCCUAUCUUUGCCCCAGAGGCUCGGAUUGCUCAACCUACCAAAGCUUAUGGCGCUCACAGACGUGAUAUUCUACCCCCCGAGCUUCAAGAAAGUUUUCUUGAAACAUAUCGUGAGUAUUCUUGGCCGUGGUGUCCGGUGCUGGAUGAUGGUACGAUACAAAAGUCGAUAGAAUUCGCUCCGUCCCCCUUGCUUAUCAACGCUCUUGCAUUGCUUGGGACACGCAUACGACCGCCAAUGGCAACACAUGCUGGAUCAGCAGAGUACUAUCGACGAGCAAAAAUGCUAUUUUAUGGCGAUGAGGAGGCUGAUCACAUCGUGAGCCUUCAGUCUAUUCUCCUUUUCUACUGGUGGGCACCUCAGAGCCCGAAUACUGUCAACAAGGAUGCUGCUUGGUGGUGGACCGGUCUGGCGAUCAAAUACGGGCAGCAACUGGGUCUACACCAAGAACCGAAGAACGUACACGAUGUUGGAGGAGCAGCCCUGCAAGGCCUUCGACGUCGGAUAUGGUGGACCUUAUUCGCACGAGAGCGGUUGACGUCAAUUUGCCAGGGACGUCCAUGCACCAUUGAUCCCGACGACUGCACUGUAAGGGAGCCCUCCCUUGAUGACUUUCCGUCACCAGUCGACCCUCGCGCCCACGUGUUUAUUCACUGGGUCCGCCUCUGCGGCAUCAUUGGACGUGUCGGACAACACCUGUCUCGAACUUCUUCACAUUCGUUUCCUACCCUGCUGGCAUGCGAACUCAUUGAUUGGAUCAGUAACACCCCCAAUCAACUUAAGCUUCCCAUCAGCUCGCGCCGAACGAGACCAUUCGUACGAGACGUCCAUAAGCUGCAUUUGCCGUACUUGACAACAAUCACUAUCCUUCAUAUGAGCCCAUCCUCUCAGCACCCUCAACACUCUCAGCAACCUCUACCCGAGGUCUACACACCUGCAAUAACAGCCGCAUCUUGCGUUGCUAGGAUUUUCAAAGAUCUACUGGCACGUGGCGACAUCCGCUUUCUAGGUGCGAUUGCAACUUGGUAUGUAGGUGUCGCGAUCGUGGCCUUGCUAUCAACACAGAGCCUAGAGCACUUAGCCCCGAGUGCAUUGGAAGACAUUCGCAUUCUCCGACUUGCCCUGAACGAACUGGCCCCACUGUGGCCAACAGCGACGAUCUUUAUUCGCGGAUUCGAAAGAUUGAAAGCCUUCGAGGCCCUUGACCGCGCUACCGAGCAGUCCUCCGACAACGGACGAGACGACGCACGUGAAGGCCACCCCUUUACACCGAUGAAUGAUGCUUCAGCAAACGCUGCCGACGAGCUCAACACUACACCGACUCUGUCUAACCCCAAUUGGAUGAACGGAAUCGACUGGCGCAGCUAUUUUCCCUUCAUCACAGAGGAAACCAGCGCGCUUGUCGCGGAGAUACUAGCCACAGAGAAUCAGAUGUACAACUUUCUAACUGACGACUUCCGGUACGAUGAUCCAAGCUUAGCGCUGCAAGACCUCUUCAAUUCGGCAAACGCUUUGGAUCCUCUCCUCAUGGACGGUGGGCUGCCCUUCUGA